AUGAGCUUCAAGAUCCAGCCGGCGCAGACGGCCGCGCACCACUUUCCGGCGCCGCUGUCGCCGCACUGGACCGCCCCGCCGUCGCCGCGCAUCAUUGUCCCGAGCCCUCGCCUGAUCUAUCCGGCCAGUCCACUCGCUCGCCACCAAUUCGAUCACCAUCAGUCGCACGGCCACCAGCAGCGCUACGGAUUACCGCAGUCGUACGGCCACAAGCACUCGCAUGGACACCACCAGGCGUACGGCCACCAUCAGCCGCACGCGCACCACGGCUCUUACGCGCACCAGGCCGUGCCGCCUUCGCCGGGUCUGGCACUGCCCAGCCCCGCGCACCACCGCUCCUUUGACCUGUCCUUCGAGCGCCUGAACAAUCGCACGAUCCGCGAUCUGGCGCUGGCCAAGACGCGCCGCGGCAUCGAGCCGACGUAUGCGCCCGAGUGUGUCGAGGAGGUGGACGAGUGGGAGACAAGUCCUCGGCGCAGCGAGCAGCGCGACUCAGGCGAAUCGCGCGACUCGCGCGGCUCGCCGCGCAAGGGCAUCCUCAAGCGCAACACGCACUGGAACAGCAUCCGAGCAUCGGAGUACCACUACCUGCUCCAGCCGGCGGAGCCUGUGCGGCGAGUCAGUUUCUCGGACGACGACGAGGUUUGUGAGCUGCCUGCGUUCAACGCAACCAAGACCAACAAGGCGCGCUACACCAUGGCCGAGCCGUCGUACAAGCCGCCGGUCGAGCACCGAGUCGUGCAGCGCCGGCCAUCGCUGCCCUCUCUCUCGGCCAUCGGCUCUUCGCUGCGCCGCCGCUCAUCGGCGAGCUCCGUCUGGUCGAGCAAGUCCAAGUCGAACCGCCUCAGCCUCAAGCCCGAGGCGCUCGUCGAGGGCGCGACGGACGACGAUAUCCCGGCGCCCGUCUUUGUCAGCUGA